AUGGUUAAGGAGACCAAAUUCUACGACACCCUCGGUGUCGCUCCUGGAGCCACCGAGCAGGAGUUGAAGAAGGCGUACAAGAUGAACGCCCUCAAGUACCAUCCUGACAAGAACGCGCACAACCCCGGUGCCGAAGAGAAGUUCAAAGAGGUUUCCCACGCGUACGAGAUCCUCUCUGAUCCCCAGAAGCGACAACUGUACGACCAAUAUGGCGAGGCCGGCCUCGAGGGAGGCGCGGGCGGCGGUGGCAUGGCUGCCGAGGACCUGUUCGCGCAGUUUUUCGGCGGUGGUGGCUUUGGAGGCAUGGGCGGUAUGUUCGGCGGCAUGAACAACCGCGGACCCCCCAAGGCGCGGACCAUUCAUCACACCCACAAGGUUUCGCUGGAGGACAUCUACCGCGGCAAGAUCUCUAAGCUGGCUCUGCAACGCUCCAUCAUCUGCCCGAAGUGCGAAGGCGUCGGCGGCAAGGAGGGUUCCGUCAAGCGGUGUCCCGGCUGUGACGGCCAUGGCAUGAAGACGAUGAUGCGCCAGAUGGGGCCCAUGAUUCAGCGCUUCCAGACCGUCUGCCCUGACUGCAACGGCGAGGGCGAGAUCAUCAAGGAGAAGGAUCGCUGCAAGCAGUGCAACGGCAAGAAGACCAUCGUCGACAGGAAGGUCCUGCACGUCCACGUCGACAAAGGCGUUCGCAGCGGCACCAAGGUCGAGUUCCGCGGCGAGGGCGACCAGGCUCCCGGUGUCCAGGCCGGUGAUGUCGUCUUCGAGAUUGAACAGAAGCCGCACCCUCGAUUUACGCGAAAGGAGGACGACCUUCUUUACAAGUGCGAGAUCGAGCUGGUGACGGCCUUGGCUGGUGGAACCAUCUUCAUCGAGCACCUUGACGACCGGUGGCUCAGCAUCGACAUCCUGCCCGGCGAGGCCAUUGCACAAGACGCUGUCAAGAUGGUCCGCGGCCAGGGCAUGCCCUCUCCCCGUCACCACGACUUCGGCAACAUGUACAUCCAUUUCAACGUCAAGUUCCCGGAAAAGCACUGGACGGAGGAUCCCACUGCUUUCGAGGCUCUGCGGAAGCUGUUGCCCUCACCAUCCGUCCAGAAUGUUCCGCCCGCUGACGCCAUGACCGAACCGGCUGAUCUCGAGGAUAUGGAUACACAGACCCAGAGCCGGGUCUUUGGCAGCCCCGGCAUGGGUGAGGACGAGGAUGAGGACGGCCAUCCUGGCGCCGAGCGCGUGCAGUGCGCUUCCCAGUAA